UUGGCGGGAAAUUUGGGGAUGGAGGGCGAGUGGGACUGGGAGGAGGAGGAAGAGGGUCACUUUCAGGAUCUGUUUGCUGAUGAACUGGAGGCCUUGGCCCAAAUACAUGAACCAACUCAUGAUGAAAAGUUCUCCAGUGCAUUUAAGCAAUCCAAGUUUCGACACGGCAAGCCCACUUUUGAAGAAGCCCUUGCAGCAGGGGACAACUUCACCAGGAAUGGCCCAAGUGUCAAGGCCCAGGCUCAGGAACCCACAAAGCAGCAGGACAUCGUGGGGAGCAGUGUUGCUAGGAAACGAAAUGUUGAUGCCCUCCGUUCACCUGAGGAAGUGGAAUUCCCUGACCAUCUGCUGCACCAGGAUCAAGAGCAAGAAAUGACAACUCCCAGGCACAAGAGGCCCAGGCUAGGUGCCAUGAAGAAACUGGAUUUUAUGUCACAGCUCAGCUCAGAGGAGCCUCCUCCACCAGAAGAUGACAUCACGCCACCCUCAUCACCUGAAGACUUCUCCCAGAGCCAAUACCCCAGAAGUCCAAAGACAUCAAAACAGGUCAUGCCUGACAUAAGUGGCAUGGCCCCCAUAGAAGAGGUUCCAUCUCGGGAGGUGCAGAAGCGAGUUCUGAAACGGCCUCCGGUUUUGGAAGAUUACAUCAACGUAACGUCAUCCGAUGGAACGCGUGUUUACCUGGCCCUGCAGGAUGAAGACGCAAGGUCAGGGCUGAAGUUAGAUGCUCUGCAUUGGAAUGGACAAAGGCAACUGCAUUUGCUGGGCGUACCUUUCUCGUAUCUAAAGGAACAAGUUGCUGAAGAGUGUCGUAGACAGGUGAUGGAAGAAUCCCAGAAGUUGAGUGAAAUGCCUAAUAGCCAGGUUGAUGAAAUUGGAGUAGUUGAGAGACAGGAAGCAGCAGCAGAUGAAGAUGAUGAUGACUCAAUUGAUGAAUUUAGCUCCAGCACACUGUGGGUUGAUAGAUUCACUCCAAGGCAGUACACCGAGCUGCUCAGUGAUGAUUACACUAAUCGCUGCCUCCUGAAGUGGUUGAAACUGUGGGAUACAGUAGUCUUUGGCAGAGAGAAACCUGCGAAGAAAAGCAAGCAGGUGGUAGAAAAGCACUUGGCCUUCCAACAGUCACAGCAGCAGCAACAGCAGAAUAAAUGGAAGAGCAAGACUCAGAUGACUGAAGAGAUCCUGGAUGCAGAACUCGAUGCACAUAACAGACCAAAGUACAAGGUGGCGCUGUUGAGUGGUCCUCCCGGUCUGGGGAAAACAACCCUGGCUCAUGUCAUUGCAAAACAUGCAGGGUACAAUGUUGUGGAGAUGAAUGCAAGUGAUGACCGCAGCCCAGAGAUCUUCAAGACCAGGAUUGAAAGUGCCACCCAGAUGAAAUCUGUGCUUGGAAGCAACGAGAAACCAAAUUGCCUGAUCAUUGAUGAAAUUGAUGGUGCUCCCAAUGCCGCAAUAAACACACUCAUGAAUCUCGUUAAUCGCAAAGAUGGGAAGGAAAGUGAUGUAGCAGCGGGUGGUGGAAAGAAGAAGAAGAAAAAGGAAGGAGGAAUUUUACAGAGACCCAUCAUCUGUAUCUGUAAUGACCAGUAUGUGCCGUCACUGAGACAACUGAGGCAACAAGCUUUCACGUUAGUCUUCCCUCAGACCCUGCCCUCCAGGCUCGUUCAAAGGCUGCAUGAGAUCACCAAUAAAACAGGGUUGAAGGCAGACAUGGGAAUUCUUCUGAGUCUAUGUGAGAAAGCAGAGAAUGAUAUCCGCUCAUGUGUGAACACUCUACAGUUCCUCCAUGGAAGAGGGAAGAAGGAAUUGAGCAUGAAGAUGAUUCUGACGACAAAGAUAGGCCUCAAGGACCAAAACAAAAGCCUGUUCUCCGUCUGGCAAGAGAUUUUUCAACUCCCGAAGGUUCAAAGAAAGCAGGUCGGCCAGGGCCGCUGUUUGCCGGAUGAAUUACAGAUGAUCAAUAACCAGGACUCCUUGAAUGCCAUUGUGAAGACCCCACUCAGUGCAGUAGCACAGAGAUUUAAUCAUAUUCUUCAUCUCGCCACCUCAGCAGGAGAUCAUGAAAAGAUCACCCAGGGCUUGUUCGACAAUUUCUUGCUUAUGAAGUUCAAGGAUCCCACUUUCAGCGGAGUCUGCCUGGCACUGGAGUGGUUGGAGUUCACGGAUAUCCUGAACGAGAGGGUGAUGAGCGUGCAGAACUUCCAACUGAUGCGGUACCUGCCCUUCCUUCCAGUUGCCUUUCACAUGCUCUUUGCAGCAUCCAACGUUCCAAGGAUUUCCUAUCCAAACAGCCACUAUGAGGCACAGACUAAGAUUGCUCAUGUGCACAACUUGUUGACAUCCAUGAUGGGUGAAAUCAGCCCAGUGAUCCGCAGCCGAAUCACUCUGCAAGCGCUCAUAUCGGAGACCCUCUGCCUUCUACUUGACAUCCUCUCUCCAAAACUGCGACCGGUGAACACCCAGCUGUAUAGCACCAGGGAGAAGCAGCAGCUAGCUGACCUGAUUGGAGCCAUGCUAUCUUACAACCUCACAUAUCACCAGGAGAGGACACCAGAGGGGCAGUAUGUCUACUUGCUGGACCCGAACAUGGAAGAUGUUUGUCGAUUCCCAGAUCUUCCUGCUCGGAAGCCAAUGACCUACCAGGCCAAGCAACUGAUUGCCCGCGAGAUUGAGCUGGAAAAGAUGAGGCGUGUGGAAGCCUUGCUAAAUGCUCGCAACAUGGAAAAGAAGGAAGCAGCUGAAGUCAAUAAAACGAGCGAAAGCAAGAAAAGUUCAAAACCAUGUGUGAAAAACCAUGAACAAAGGCUGGAAAAUGCCCUCAAGUCUGUGACUGUGAAGGAAAAGGCGGAACUCGACUUCUUUGGACGGAAAAUGGACAAAAACAACAUUGUUUCAACCUCAACAGUGAUUGGAAGUGCUGAGCCCAUGAAGGAAACAGCUGAGAAACUUAUUGGAAAAGCAGUUGGAAACAGUGAUGUUUGGUUCCGAUUUAAUGAAGGGGUUUCAAAUGCUGUUAGACGCAAUGUUUACAUAAAAGACCUGCUCUGAGAUUAUCGUUGGUCAUUGAGAGAAGUAGCAGCUGUUUAAAAAGCAGGAAGUGGCUCUCACAUUCUCGUACAGAAUACAGAAUGGAACUGUUGCUCUCGGGCCUCCAAAGAAAACUCGCUUGUGCCCAAGCUUCAGUAGAUUUGAAAGCAAGUAAAUGGAGCUGGUUUUCCUUUGACAUUUCUAGUAGGAGAUGAACUCCAGUCAAACUGUUGGGUGACAAAACUCUUCAUACAUUAAGUGACGGUAAGGUUUGUGCCACAGCUGUGCAGCUCAAAUCCCCCCUAAAUGUAACAGUGCUCAAGAAGCUAGUUAAUUCCAGCACUGAUGGCUGAGUUGGACUAUAAGUAGGUUUGGAAUCUAGUUAUUAUUUCCACAAAAAUUAGGUGCCCUAUUCUUUCCAGAUCCUUCCUUUACCCUUCCAGAUUUGCCCCUUACUUACCCCACCAAAUGAUAAUGAGCAUUUACUGUAAAGUGCAAUCUGCAUAAACUGGACGAACUUCCCAGGGGCCAAAUGCCAACCAUAGAUUGGCAAAACUGAGAAGCCCAUUGGUAAGCUUAGACAUAUGGUUUGGGUCCGACUCUUGAUUGGAACAUUGUUUAAAUGGGCUUUGUUUCAGACAACAUGGAAUUCUAAAUUUUUCAAACAAUAAAUUAAGUCUUGCCAUUAUUAAUUAUUGCUUUAUUUGUUAUCUUCCUCUUACAUUGCUCCUUUCUAGUUGUACAAAGAAGUUGGUUGAUCACUCAUACAAUGAUUUUGCCUAGAAUUACCAUAAAAUGUACAAAAAAUGUAAUGCAUAUGUUUAAGAAUUUAAAAGACUGCCAACAAAA